CCAUAGGAGGAUAGUGGUGCGGCGGCACUUCCUACAUCGGGAGGAGGAGGAGGAGGUGGGGGAGGUGGGGGAGGAAAUCUGAUGGGGGAGAUGAGUGCCAUCCUGGCCCGUCGGUGAGCCUCUGCCUCAGUCUUUGUUACACGUGGGGCUGGACGACUGUGUGUGAUGAGUGUUAACGUUGUGUGUAUGUGUGUGACGAGAGUGUGUGUGUGACGUUUACGAUCAUAUCACUGUGUGCGGGUGUGUGAUUUGCUGAGGCUUAGACCUCGUCUUCAUUGUGUGUCUUCGUGUGCAGGAAGAAAAUGUCAGAUAAUCCAGGUGCAAAGAAGGAUGAGCCCAGCAAUGUAAGUAUCCUGUCAAUUAUCUUUGUAGAGACAACAAUCCUCCUCUCAUAAAUCCUUAAAGAGAUUCUCAGGUAAUUGCGUACUACGUCACAUAUGAGCACCACAUCAUUACUCUCUCUCUCUGUCUCUGCUGUGUCCACUGAGCCUUUGGGCCAGCCCUGCAACUUCAUUGGAUUACGCUGGGCAGGACUCUUGCUAGCUGUCACUCAAAUGCAAGAGCCUGAAGCUCAUUGGCUGGAACGCGAAUUGCUAGGGGGCUGGCCCACGUGGGGGGAAAUGUAGGGAAAAUGGCACGGCACAGCUUCAACAAAACAGUCACUUUCAAACUAGGGAUUUCGUGGCUAAUUGAGGUAAAACAGUAAUUCUGCUCAUAGAUUAUGUAUGUAUGAACUAGACAUUGGAAGAGAUGGAGACAUCCAGCCCAAAGCGGGAGGUUUAAAAAAGUAGUCUUAGUCUCCAAAGUACCGGAGCAUGUCUUUAAGAAUGUGUGUGUGUAAGCUGCAAGUCAAGUCACACUGUAGUUAAAGACAUAUGUGCAUAGUAAAGGGAUGACACAAUGUCAUUUUGUUUCUCUGCUCUUUUAGGAAGACUCCUCAAAGUCCUCAGGCCAAAGUGGUGAGUAGAUCCACUGAAGUCUUCAGUCACUCCUUUUGUAUUUGACUCAGUAUGCACCUGGGAGCUGUUCCAGAAAGAAGAAUCAAUGAGUUGGCCCGCUAACUGUUCCAAAAAUAUGUCGGCUGAAUAUAUAUACUUCCUUCUCAAAAAUGACACUCAUGUUUCUGAAAUAGCAUCAUCAUUUUAUGAAAUAUAGACUUUAAAUUAGCAUGGUAUAAUUGACUCGACAACCAACAACCCAUAUCCAAGUUUAGCUUUCUAGAAUAAUUGGAAAAUCAAGAGAUACAGUAUUUGACUGCUUAUCAAAGUUAGCUGGUUAACUUAAUAAUGGUCCUGUUUUCUGGAACACUCCACUGAUCAUUAAAUUAUAUGUAUUUUGUUUGUAUACAUUUAACUUGUGACAGCUAGUGUAGUUUCCUGGGUUGUAUUCAUUAGGCACCAAAUGAAAGAAAACGCACCGAAACAGGGAGGGACUACCUGAACCUCGUUUUCCUUUUAUUUUGCUACGGUGUGCACUAAUGAAUACAACCCAGAUCUCUUUGACUCAUAUGAAUGUUCUAUCCUUGUUUGAGCUGUGAAGCACUGGUUCGCCGUUUAUUGAAUAAAGUAUAAUAUAGCUACAUAAACAUAAAAUAGAUUUUGAUGUUUCAUCAUUUUCAUGAUCUCCUUUUGUCAUGACAGACACCCUCAGGAGACCGUGGGAGAAAUCUGCCACCAUGCCAAGGUAGGGAAUGCACCCAUCUGUUGAAUGUCAGCACAAUAAACACCAACAUGCUGUCUCUCAUACCUGUGGUGCAGGAAAUUUGCUACAAUAACUAUGUUUACUAUGGAGGGACAAAACUGGGCGGGCACAAAUUCCAUCUGUGCCCCCCGUGGAGCUGGCCCUGCCCCUAUUUUAUCCCACCUCUCUGGCACUGUAAAGAGAGAGUGUGUUUGAGAGAAAAUCUUGCAUGUGUCAAACAGGACUAACUCAACCACCAAGACCCAGCUGCAGGAGAGCAGCCCCAGCCCCAGCCCCACCACCUCUGCCCUUCCUCCCAUUCCCCCUUCUCCAUCGUCUACCCCAGUGUCCAGGUACCCCCUAUCUACCCCCCCCCCCCUACCCUUUUCCCUUAUGCCGGGACUCCACGUCUGUCUGCAGCUAUUCUACAGUCUCACUAGUAGUGCUGAGCGAUUAGUGCUUUUUGAGGUCGGUUUGGUUUCGAUUCGAUUAUGAAAAAAAUGAUCACAGUUUUCUAUUUAUUUUCUUCUUUUUUUACAUUAAAUGCACUAUGCAUUAUGUGGGUUGAAUGCUGUAACAAUACAGAAUAAAACAAUUAAUACAAGUCCCAUGGUGGUAGUGACUGCCCAUUACUGCUUAUCACUUAUUAACCAUAAUUUAUUCACAUGACUUUAAUAAAAUAUUUGAUUACUUUAUUCCAAGUCAUUAUCUCAUCUCUAUAGAGCUGCUGCAUAUGCUUUCUGACAAAAUUACUAUUUUAGUAGUUCUUCAAAGUAAAUAAGGCAUACUUUAUGACUGCUGAAUACCAACAAUCAAUCACUUCGAUCAUGUAUUUUCCGGUUAGCGAAGCAACUGCUUUCUAUCCCUCUCAAUCGCGCGUUUUCUCUUCUUUCAGUCUCUGUGUAUUACUCCGCACAGACCUGACAAGUUUAAGCGGGCGCGCAAUGGAUUAUGGUAAUUGUAGUUAAUUGCCACGUUUUCUGAGCUAAACUAUGUAAAAUAUUGGCCUGUUGGAAACUACAACUCCCUACUAUAUCGCAGUGUUCAGGCUUGAUAUAAUUUAUCUCUAGAGAAACUGCACAUUGAGCUCACAGAAAAAAAACGAACAAAAUGGAAUUCAAUCAAUUAGUUGUUCAAUAACCCCAAAUGUUGGUUAAUCGCUCAGCACUACUCACUAGGUGUAGGGUGAAGUUCCUCCUAGCAAUGAUCUUGGGUAAGUUUCCCCACUCAUGGUUAAGUUUAGGAUUGGGGGUGGGAAGCUGAUCCUAGAUCUGUACUUAGGGGAAACUUCACCCUGGAGUGAACUGCCAACAGCGUUGUGUGGUCUCUUGUGCAGCUUGUUGUGCCAAGCGAUUUAAGCAACACAAUGCUAUGUAUAGCUGUGAACUUUGCACAUCUUUGUUUUUGCCCUGGCACUAACACACCUGAUUCUAUUCAAAGGCUUGAUGAUGAUUGAUUGGUUGAAUCAAGUGAAUUAAUUAGUGUUAGGGAGAAAAAUAAAAUUGGGAAACACUCUGCUUUAGGGCCUAGCAAUCCUCAAGGCCAUGUCUUUGGUACUCUCUGUUUUUGUCUUUUUGGUCUUGCUGAGAUUUUAAAAAAGUAUCACAGGAAAAGCACAAGAGGUGGUUUGAGUAAAUAGUGUUUUUUGCUGCCGCCUUGCGUUGAGCCUGCUGUGUGUGUCUUUACUAUGUCUUCUGACUAAGCGUUUCUGUCCGGCUCCUGCUAAUGACAGCACCCUAGUCCAGGGCACGGCCCAGAAACAACCUUCUAUACACCCUAGGCACUGGUAUAGAUGUGAAAGGAUUGGAUGGGUAUAAGCAAUAUGGAGGAAAUCCCACCUAGCCUAUCAGAGGGCAAGGUGGUGGAACUACCAUAUUACUUAUACCUAUCCAGUUGUUUCAGAUCUACGUCAAGUGCCAAAGGGUUAGGGUCUGUUUCUGGACUGGGGUCUCGCUCAAGUCACCACUUGAGUAAAACAAUUCUCUCCCCCUCAGAUGUGGAAACGAAACUGAUUAACUCAAGGCCAGUGGCUAUGAUAAAUUGAAUCUGGUGUACUAGUGCUUGAUUGGAACAAACCCAUUGCAACUAAUCAGUGGUGUAAAGUACUUAAGUAAACAUACUUUAAAGUACUGCUUAAGUAGUUUUUUGGGGGUAUCUGUACUUUACUAUUUAUAUUUUUGACAACUUUUACUUUUACUUCACUACAUUCCUAAAGAAAAUUAUGUACUUUUUACUCCUUACAUUUUCCCUGACACCCAAAAGUACUCGUUACAUUUUGAAUGAUUAGCAGGACAGAAAAUGGUCCAAUUCGCACACUUAUCAAUAGAACAUCCCUGGUCAUCCCUACUGCCUCUGAUCUGUCGGACUCACUAAACACAAAUGCUUUGUUUUUAAAUGAUGUCUGAGGGUUGGAGUGUGACCCUGGCUAUCCGUAAAUAAAAUACAAAUUGUGCCGUCUGGUUUGCUUAAUAUAAGGAAUUUUACAUGAUUUGUACUUUUACUUUUACUUUUGAUACUUAAGUAUAUUUUACAACUACAUUUACUUUUGAUACUUAAUUAUAUUUUACAACUACAUUUACUUUUGAUACUUAAGUAUAUUUAAACCCAAAUCCUUUUAGACUUUUACUCCGGUAGUAUUUUACUGGCUGACUUUCACUUUAGUCAUUUUCUAUUUAGGUAUCUGUACUUUUACUCAAGUAAUGUAGCCUAAUUUGACCCAUUCAGUGAAAUGGUUUCAACCUCCAAUACUAAAAAUAACACCCUGACCAUUGAAAGUACUUCAGUUUCUAUGUUGGUACAACACCAGCAGUUAUCCACCCCUCAUUAGUCUACAGCUUUCUGUGACGCUUCUGCAGUUAACACGGUGACAAGAUGGCUGGUCCAUGGCUCCUGUCAAGAUCGCCAUCUGUUGCCGUGGCAGGACAACAACCCGCCAUUUUUGCCCGAACUGAGCUUCCAUAUCCUUGGGGUUUGUUGUUGCCCUCCCUCUCCCCGCCCAUCUCGUCUCUCAAUUCACUUCUUUUUUCUUUCUUUCUUUCCCUCCCUCCUCUCUCUCUCACUCCUCUCUCCCUCACUCCUCUUUCUUCUCCUCUCUCUCCUCCUCUCUCUGUCUCUCUCUGUCUCCCUUUAUCUCUUUCUCAGGAUGAAGGCCACGAACAGCACAGGCAGUGAAGACUCAGAGAUGGAGAGAAUCAAACAGGUGAGCUCCACCAUUGACCUGUUCAUGUUAUGUUUAAAGGAUUAUUGGUAUGUAGGCUAGAGAUAAAAGGGUGACCAUUGCUCCCCUACUGAUGGUGUCAGAUAGAGACGACUAUCGGCAUCAUUCUCAGAUAACACUUUAUUUUUUUGUAUUUUUGGGAAAGCAGGUAUUCUUGGUUUCAGAAUAUCUGCUUAAUUGAUUGGUGAUGAUCAGAAUGAUACUGACUGUGACGAAGAUGAUGAUGAUGAAGAUGAUGAUUUGUGUGUUUAGGACAUCCUUGAGGAAGUGAGAAAAGAGCUCCAUAAAGUGAAGGAUGAAAUCAUCGGUGGUGAGUUCCUGAUUUGUCCAUCCAAUUCAAGGAGCACUCCCUAACUUUUCUUUUUUUAUGUCUUUAGCAGUACAGUCAAUAAGAAUCACAAUACAAUGUUGCUCCAGCCACUGCAGUAUAUUCAUAUACCUCUAACACAGUGGAGGCUGCUGAGGGGAGGACGGCUCAUAAUAAUGGCUGGAACGUAACAUACGGAAUGGCAUCAAAUGCGUUGAACCCAUGUGUUUGAUGUAUUUAAUAACAUUCCACCUGUUCCAGCCAUUACCACGAGCCCGUCCUCCCCAAUUAAGGUGGGAGAAACUCUCCAAAUACAGGUGUGCCAAGCUUGUAGCGUCAUACCCAAGAAGACUCGAGGCUGUAAUCGUUGCCAAACGUGCUUCAAAUAAGUACUGAGUAAAGGGUCUGAAUAUUUAUGUAAAUGAGACAUUUCAGUAUUUUGUAUUUUUGCUAAAAUGUCUAUAAAAAAAACGGUUUGUGCUUUGUCGUUAUGGGGCAUUGUGUGUAGGUUGAUGAGGAAAACAAUCUAUUUUAGAAAUAAGGCUGUAAUGUAACAAAAUUUGGAAAAAGUCAAGGGGUCUGAAUACUUUCCGAAUAUACUGUAUAUACAUGUGUGUACAUGACUUCUUUAAAACUACUUAUCUUUGUUUUAUAUUAUUCUCUCAAUUCUCAUAUUAUUACGAAUAAUGUAUUUUUACUUUUUAUAUUAUGACUAAAUCAUAAGACAAUGUGUGAGGAAUUUUGGGGCCUCUCUCUUUCUCACGAAUUUUCUCCCUCUUUCUCUUCCAGCAUUUAUCCAGGAGCUGCAAAAGAGAGGACCAGUAUAGUCUCUCAACAUACAGCCACUGGCACCUGGCCAGAAAAUGGGGGGAUGGAAGGAAGGGAGAGAUGGCCAUAUGGAGGGGUGGAUGGCUCAUAUAUUUCCUGCACUGUUCAGGCUCCCUCUGUCAAUGUUACACACACACAGACACACACCUAUACAUUUAGGACUGUACCAAUCGGCAGUCUUCCAAACUUUUUUUUUCUCCGUUGUUUUUCUUGUUUGCCUUUCUCAUGGUUUCAAGAGCUCUGCUGUGCUGUGCUCCGCCAUCACUGCCUACCUUACUCUACUCUACUCUCUCCCUGCCUCCCAAGUCAACUCCCAUAUCUUACCUGGAUGUAUCUGGCCUUACUCUUCACUAGUGCAGAGCAAGGUUUGGCUCAGUUUGAAUUGGAGGCAGUCAAUUCAGGAAUAAACUGAAAUUCCAAUUCAAUGAUUGAAAAAGGGGUAUCUAUUUUCAAUGACUUCUCAAUAAACUGAAAAGGAGAAGCUAUUUAUGUCAAGUUUUACACAUUUUAGAUUUUAAAUUAAAAUCACUUCCUGAAUUGACUGACUUCAAUUCGAAUUGAGCCCAACCCUGAUGCAGAGAAUUCAGGGAAUACCAUCAACCACACCAUCGAAACACAGUACAUUUUCAACAGUCCCACAUUUCAAAGUCUCACGCCAACCUAACUGUGGGAAAACGGUUCUGCUGCAGCGGUUGACCACAGGGUGGAGCUGUGAAACAGAAGAAUCGGAUCCGAGGGCCUGCCUUUCUCUGUAGUCUCUGUACUACCCAGGAGCAGCCAGGGAACUACAAAUCCCAGCUUUCAACAAUAAGGGAGAUCUGGUUAAAUAUAUGUCUGUCCUUCUAGUACACCUAAUAGGAGUAGGGUGAAGUUGCCCCUAGAUGCUGAUCUUGGGUCAGUUUGGCAUUUUCCCCACUUAUGGUUAAGUCUAGGUUUGGGGGAGAGGAAGCUGAUCCUAGAUCUGUACCUGGGGAAACUUCAACCACCUUAUACUGCCAUUUAUACUGUAAUAGCGAACGGGUUGCCAACUCCUUGCUACACCUCACAUCAACUGUUUUUUCAACCUCAGGGAUUAGCGGAAGCAUAUCAGUUAGUGCCAGAUAGGACCGUAUCAGCAGGUCCUAUACCAGUCACCAUGCCCACUUCUCCUUAGGAUUUAGCACAGAGGACCCCAGCAGACCACCUAUGGAUGACAAACAGGCCCAAUCCCAAAUCAACCCAUAUCCCCUACAACUUCUGCCUCCCUUCUUCACUAGUGGAGAUGUGAGAAGAUUAGAUUGGUGUAAGCAAUAUGGCAAAAUGUCAUCCAGCCAAUCAGAGAGCAGGUGGAAACUAUUACCAUAUUACUUAUGUCGAGCUUAUCCUUUCAGCUCUCCACAAGUGCGUAGGGCUAGGGGUCGAUUUUGGUAUAGGGUGACAAUUUGCCACCUAGAAACAGAAUGAUUGGAAUCGGCAUUAUCCUCUAAAAGCAAUUAACUUUUGCUGAUAGGAUCUUAGAUGAUUUUAAUUGUAUCUAUUUAAGAAUGAAGAAUGAAUUCUUAAGCACUCCAAUGUCCGUGACAUUUCCUAGCUCCCUGUGCAGCACGUCCAACAGGUUGCCAACCAUAUCCAUUUCCCAAUGACCUGGAGAUCCAUGCCUGUUCUGUCCAUUCUAUUUCUACACUCCUAACACUGCCUACUCUUCUAGUAACCACAUAAGAAAAGGGUUGAGCGGGGAGAGGAGGAGAGCAGGUAGGGGACUGUACCUGGUAUGAUUCGGCUGCGGUGCAGGUAACUGCUACGUAUCACUGUGCAGUCCAGGGACUCUUACUCGACUGUGUUUGUUCUUAUAAAGAUACUUAAUAAUACCCAUUAUGUUAGCUGCCUCUGUGGCCUCAUCCGACAGAGAUGCCAAUCUUCGCUAAUGCAACUCGGCCUCGCCUCCUGAGCACUCUUACAAUCUUUAUAGAUUAAGUGAAAGAAUUAUAGUACUUAAAAAAAUCCAUAAGGUUUUCUAUUUCCAUUGGAAAUACUGUGGUAAUGAAAAUGGAAGCCCCACUAGUAGUGGGCAAAAACUGGUUGAAUCAACGUUGUUUCCACAUCAUUUCAACAACAAAAAAAUCCAUGUGACCAGGUUGAGUCAACGUGGAAUACUGAUUGGAUUUUCAAAAAGUCAUAAACUUAAGGGAACAUUGUCUUCUAUUUUUAAAACGUUGAAUCUAAAUCCAAUGACAUGGUGACAUUUGUUGUUUAGUUCACGUUGAAUUCACAUUAGUUGACAACUCAACCAAAUGUAAAUCAAAACUAAACAUUGAAAUGAAGUCUGUUCCCAGUGGGAGGUAUCUUUGAUUAAUUUUUUAGAUGCAUUAUAAAUGUUAUUUUGGAUUUAUUGAAGGUGAUUUUCUAUUAUUAGAGUGAAGGAUUUUUACACUGAAAUGUUGUGAGAGAAAAUGCCGUAAAGACACUGGAUUGGAGAUGCUUUUCUGGUCAAAUACAGCUGCUUCUUGUAUCAAACUGUGGUCCGUCUCAUCUGUUGUUUUGGGUGGGGAGAGAGACUAUAUGGAAGUAUUUUACAUGUUUUUUACUCAGCAGUUAA